UUUAUAACACCUCUGUAUUUUGAUGUUACGUUUUACAUGGUCUAAAAUAAUUGUUAAUAACAUGUACAGGACCCCUGCACUUCUAACUCAGAAAAUCAGUGCUGAAGGUGGGAUUUACAUCGGAAGAAAUCAGUACAUGUAUAUUGGUUGUCUUGGGUAGAGUCUGACAUGCACCAGUCAAAUACCAAAAAUCCGACUGGUGUUUUCUCGUGAUUGACUUCGUUGACCAGUGGUGAAAUGGAUAGAAAUAGAAUCAGACAUAUUUGCUGACUGCAUGUGAGAACACACAUAGUUGAAAACAUGUAUUUACUGGACCAGUUGACCACCAAGUGCAAGGAGAAUUUGUAUAAGAAUCAGUUACCAUGGACAUGUCGGAUGUUCUUCAACACACUGAAAAGAAUGGCAUACAUCUUUCUGGGUGCACUGCUGCUUGUGGUCACACCAUAUGUGAUCUUUGCUCAGAAUGUGCUGGGCCCCGACAGUACGCCGGCUACACCCGGGGACAGCUGGUUUGACUUCUGGUUGUUCAGGCUCGCCAUCAACAUUCUCGGAUAUGCAACCAUUUUCGUCCCUGGUGCCCUCGUCGUUAGAUACUUGAAGCAGACAAAGUAUAAUGAGACUGCAGGUCCAGGUUGUUUGUCCAACUUUGCUGUCCUCUGUGUGUUUGGGAAGGAACAUGAAAAGCCGAGCCUGGAGGAAGGUGGUGUAUCAAACAAAUCUUCCACUGUCGAGGAGUCCACCGUUAGCCGAGGAGUUAGACUCAUGUUCUGCUUCGUCGGCUUACAGAUCACCUACCUGACGUGGGGUGUGCUGCAGGAGAGAAUCAUGACUCACGAAUACGGCAAGACAGAAACGACGCCUGGAGAAUUCUUCAAAAACUCAACUUUCCUGGUGUUUGUCAACCGAAUCCUGGCAUUCCUCAUCUCCUUGAUUGUCAUCUUCUUCCGAAAGCAACCGGAGCACACCGCUCCUCUGUAUAAAUAUUCGUACAGUUCCUUCUCGAACAUCAUGAGCAGCUGGUUUCAGUACGAGGCUCUCAAGUUUGUCAGUUUUCCGACCCAGGUGCUGGCGAAGGCAUCAAAGGUGAUCCCGGUGAUGCUGAUGGGCAAGGUGGUGUCGAAGAAGACCUACGAGUACUAUGAGUACUUCACGGCGGUGCUCAUAUCCGUCGGGGUGAGCAUGUUUCUCCUCACAAGUGGAGACGUGACCCGGCACAGAGACACCGUGACGACGUUUUCCGGAGUUGUCCUGCUAGUCGGGUACAUGCUGUUCGACAGCUUCACCUCCAACUGGCAGGGGGAGCUGUUCACGCAUUACAAGAUGUCUUCCGUCCAGAUGAUGGCCGGGGUGAACAUGUUCUCCUGUCUCCUCACCACGGUUGCGCUGGCAGAGCAAGGUGGAUUCUUAGAAUCAUCCGGUUUUAUGUUUCGUCAUCCUGAAUUUAUCUUACACUCUGUUCUCCUUAGUAUUUGUUCUGCUGCUGGACAACUGUUCAUCUUCUACACCAUCUCAUCUUUUGGUCCAGUUACGUUUGUAAUCAUCAUGACAGUGCGACAGGGUUUGGCCAUUUUCUUGUCCUGUAUGAUCUAUGGCCAUCCGGUCAGCAUUGUUGGGUUUUUGGGAAUCAUGUUUGUUUUUGUUGCUCUAUUUUUACGUAUUUAUGCCAAUCAGAGGAAGAGAUCUCUAAAACAGUCCCAGAGCAAACCAUCAGCUCCACCAGCAAGUGUAAUAUCAAAGAUCUAAAGUCAGUCUCUUGUGAUGCUUUAUUACAUGUAUUAGCCUUAUUAUAUAUAUUCCAUACUGCCUAUAAUAUAUUAUACAUAAAAGAUCUAAAUUCAAAUUAUAUAAUUAGAAGACUGAUCCCAAACUUGCAACCAAUUUAAAACAUUUGAGUUAAAAUGUUGAUGUGAAUUUUCUUUCUUCUUUUCUGAAAUUUUAUGUCAAUUUACCAAGUAUAAAUUUGUAUCACUCUAAAAAAUUCACAUUAUAUUUGAACUGUAGUUCAUGAUUUAUGAUGUUAUAUUUUGAGUAGAAGCAUCAUAUUUUAUACUGUUUUUGCUCUUAGUAUUCCUAAAUCUAAGACCACAAAUAUAACACAAAUUAUAAUUAAAUUAAAAAAAAAAAAAACCCCAUUAAUGCAUACAUUGCAGCUAGAAUUAGAAGUUGGAAAUUACAGUUGCUUGGACACUACUAGAUUGUUAAUAAUUUCUCCAAACUGACUGUCCAAGAAAUUGUGGUUUGGUUGUUGCAAGGUACUACCGGGUAGUAUGGUGCUUCUUAAAUAAUGAACAAGAAAUAUAGUGCUAUAAUUUGACCAGUUGUUUGGCUGUAUAUUCUCACACAAACUAUUAAAAUCCUAUUUUUAACCACACAUUUUUUUAAAUUACAUUUUUUAAUUCCUAGUUUUACGAGCCAUGACCAAGACAAAUGGUUUGAAAACCUAAGAUAUUAUAUAUAUUUUCUUCAAUAGAUAUUGAAAGUGCAGUAUUGAACAAAUAAGUGCAAUGUAGGCAUUUUAGUAUUUCGGCAAUUUUGUAAGUUUUAGGUUUUUAUAUAUUUAUGAUCAAGAACAAGAUGACACUUGUGAAGCUAUCUUCAGGGCAUCAAUGUGUGUUGAAGUACAGUGUACUCUAGAUUUAAUGCCAACUGCAUGUACUGCCAACUAUAAGGUCUCCAUGAGUACUCGAGUACUCGGCUACGGGUCGAGUCUAGCAAGACUCGAGUCUCAUUCACAGGACUCGAAUACCCAUACAAGGGGGAAUAUAAUGAUCAGAUGAUAAUUUCAACAGUAAAUAGUCAGCGAUAUAGUUUACACAAUAAUUAUAUGAUCAUGUGCUAAUUUCUCUUGUUUAAAGUGGCUGUUUGUCCGCCAUAACACUGAACAUAUCAACUGGUUUUUAAAUGCGAUACAAUGGCAUGAAUUGGCAUCCAUGGUCAGCGCUGGAAUCAAGAUGCAAAAUGCUACUUUACUUUAUUCCUCAGUCUCAUCAUCAUCUAGUGUAAGUGUCGAGUACUUGAGUCCAUUGGACUCAUUAAGGCCCUACUGCCAGUUGUGUGUAUUUCUAUUUAAUACGCACCAGCCACCAUCCCAAGACUAGAAAUUGACAGGGAGCAAGAAACAGUUGGCACUAAAAACACAUAUUAUGGUUUCUGAUGAUCGGGUUCACGAACAGCUUUUGCUUUCCUGUUUAUACAACUUUAGAAUUUAUAUCAUUACCAGUGUUGUUAAUUUCUCAUUUUUGCUUAACAUAGGUUUUGCAUCCAUCUUAAUAUAAUUAAAUUUCUCAUUUUUGCUUAACAUAGCUUUUGCAUCCAUCUUAAUAUAAUUAAAUUUUCUUUGCACUCAUUACAAUUUCAAGUCAUCCCAUUGGUUGUCGUAGCAACACAAGUUUGUUCAUUUCGAUGAAUGUAAAAAAUAAUGUCGGGUAACACAUAUCUGAUGACAUCACUUUAUAUUGGUAAUUGGUCUUAUUGAUCUAUAUUGUUUGGAACCCAAAAGAUUAUUCAAAAUAACUUUAGCGUUAUUUUUUGUUAGUAUGUUUCAAAUUUAAUUAUAAGUAUUGUCAUUUAUUUCUUUUACGGUCAUCUGGAUAUGAAUUAAAAAAAUCAUCCAUAAACUUACGCUUCGCCGAUUCACACAGUUUGUGGAUUCUUUUUUAAAUUUAUACCCCGAUGAACAUAAAAGAAAUAACAAACAAUCCUUAAUUAUGCUCAUUUGCCAACUAUGUCAAGAUUAGACAGACAGUAAUAAUCAUGCUGUAAUUAAUGUGUUGAUUGAUGCAUCUCCAAUAAUAUUGUACAUUGGUGGUACUCAGUCAUAUACUUGGUAUAGUGAUCAAAGGUCAGUGAUCAUAGCUGCAUUAUAUACAUUGUAUAAAGGCCUUAAUAUUUAUUGUUAUUUUGACAAACAUGUAUUCUUGGAUUAUACGAUUUAGAGUAAUUAAAGUGUUACACAAAACAAAAUGUGAUUUGAAGAAAAACAUUACAAAAGACAUAUUUGGGUUUUGUGUAAUAUAGGUUCUUAUUUAUACUUACCGUAGGUUAUAGUUAAUUUUGAAAAUGUAGUCAAUGUCGGUGUCUAAUGAGGUAUGUGAUCACAUUUUAAAAUAAAAGCUGAAAUGAUCUUUAAAAAUCUGAAAACUCUAUAGUAUACAAUACUAAAGAUGAUUCUGCACUUCAGGUCAAAUCCAGUUUACUUGCUGAAAAUUAUUGGUGCAAAAAUGCUGAAAUCAAAUCAUAAAUUAUUUGUAGCAAAACUUUAUUAGGUUUCAUUGCUUUAAUGGUGUAUUUUAUAGUUUUAAUUGUGCAAUUUAUUAUUUGACAAUCAUUAAACAUAAACCAUUAUUGGAUGCAUUUGUGUUGUAUGCAUUUGUAUGUAAUGAGAACAAAAAUAAUUUUGUUAAUAGAAUAAUUUCUUUAACAGGCUGAUUUAUUAUACCUCGCUUGGUGGUUAAUGAUAUACAAGUUUAGGGUUGCUUCAUCUUGUUACCUCUUCACUGGCAGCAAAAUGUAAAUUUUCUCAACACUUCUAGAUCAGUCAGUUAUCUCAAUUUUAACUAGUUUGGUAAUCUUUUAAAGUAGUUUUCUGCAUUCACUAUGCUGAAGUUCAUAAUUAAUAACAAAUGCAUAGCAGUUUGAGGUGAGACAUAACCCAGUGGAAAGUGCUCGCUUGGUGGACUGUUGGUCUAAGAUCAAUCCCCAUUGGGCCAUUUCUCGCUCUAGCCAGUG